AUGAUUAAAUGUUUGGUGGAAGAUGUGCGAGCCAGGCUGCGUUCUGGAGUGACUAUCAACUCGCUGGGGCAUUGUGUUGAGGAGCUUGUCCUCAACAGUAUCGAUGCCAAAGCAACAUGUAUAGCUAUCCGGGUGGAUUUGGAAGCUUUUAAGAUCCAGGUGGUGGACAACGGCUCCGGAAUGGGGAGAGAGGACUUAAAUGCAAUGGGAAAGCAGUACUUCACCAGCAAGUGCAGCUCAGUGGCAGACCUUGAGAACCUGACCUUCUAUGGCUUUAGAGGGGAGGCUGUAGCAAGCAUAGCCAACAUGGCCAGUGUAGUGGAAGUUUCAUCUAAGACCAGCAGGACAGCAAAAACGUUUGUGAAACUAUUUCACAAUGGGCAAGCACUGGAAGCCUGCGAAGCUGAACUGAGCAGACCAAGUGGCGGAACUACAGUGACUGUAUGUAAUCUGUUCCAUCAGUUACCAGUGAGGAGAAAGUGUAUGGAUCCUGUGUUGGAAUUUGAGAGGGUCAGACAGAAAGUAGAGGCUAUUUCGCUGAUGCAUCCCUCUAUUUCACUUUCCUUAAGGAAUGACACUUCUUGCUCUACGGUGCUUCAGCUCCCUAAAACAAAAGAUGUGUGUUCUCGGUUUUGUCAAAUUUUUGGACUGGGCAGAUCACAGAAGUUACGAGAAAUAAAUCAUAAGUCUGGAGGAUUUGAACUAAGUGGUUAUAUCAGUAUUGAAGGACAUUACAACAAGAAUAUGCAGUUCUUGUAUGUGAAUAAAAGGCUUGUUUUAAAGACAAGAAUACAUAAACUAAUUGAUUUUUUAUUAAGAAAGGAAAGUGUCAUUUGCAAGGCAAAAACUGGCCCUGUGAGCAGACAGGCUAGUUCAAGUCCUGGUCGCCCUCGUUGUGGCCCAGAGUUGUACGGGAUCUUUAUUCUCAAUGUGAUCUGUGCGUACAGUGACUAUGAUGUGUGUCUGGAACCUGCAAAAACUCUAAUUGAGUUCCAGAACUGGGAUGUCCUUCUAACUUUCAUAGAGGAAGGAGUGAAAAUAUUUUUGAAAAGAGAAUAUUUAUUUAUUGAGCCAUGUAAUGAGGACAUCAGGGAAUUUAAUGAAGAUAAUGACUUUUGUUUGUGUAAUGCUCCAGUUCUGAAGCCCUCACUCUAUGAUGGGAAGAGCAUCCAAGACAGUUUUAAGAAAGCAUGUGAUGAAAUUGUGAAUUCUUAUGAAAUGUGUAACUUGCAAUCAAAAGAUGUCAAAAGGAAAUCUGUGACUGAAAAAAAAUCUUCAAAUCUUACGGAGUCAAAUAAAAAUCUACAGGAAACUGAAAUCACCCCAAGUCAGAAGACUGACAACACAAGCACAGGUGAUCCCAGGAAUGAUUUGUGGUCUGACUGGAUCCAAGAUUUUGAUGUUUCGUCAGGUAAGACGAUAUACAUCAAUAAAGCAACUGGACUGAGCACCUACGGCACUCCUCCUGCUGAAUUUCAAGCUGCCUGCAUUCAAGAUAUCACAACAAUGGCUGUGAACAUUGUCUCAGAGAAUGAUGCUGAAGGGGAGUCUCUCCAAUCAUUGCUUUCAGAAUGGGAUAAUCCUGUUUUUGUCCCCUGCCCACAGAUUGCUGUUGAUGUGACCAGCAGUCAGGCUGACGAUCUGGCUGUGAAAAUUCACAAUAUCUUGUAUCCUUAUCGUUUCACCAAAGACAUGGUUCAUUCAAUGCAGGUUCUUCAGCAAGUGGACAAUAAAUUUAUCGCUUGUGUAAUAAACACUAGGAAUGAAAUGGAUAAAAAGGCAGAUGGAAACCUCUUGGUUUUGGUGGACCAACAUGCAGCUCAUGAACGGAUCCGCUUGGAGCAGCUUAUUGCGGAUUCCUAUGACAAGGAAGCUGCAGCAUGUGGCAAGAAGAAACUGCUGUCCUCUGCCAUCUCUCCCCCUUUGGAGAUUGAAGUUACAGAAGAACAAAGAAGAUUUCUACGAUGCUGCUACAAAAAAAUGGAGGACUUGGGUCUUGAAUUAUCAUUUCCUGAGACCAACAGCUCCUUGAUUCUAGUGAGGAGACUGCCACUUUGUUGUAUAGAAAGAGAAGCCGGUGAAGUACGACGGAAAAGACAACCUGUCUCUAAAAGCAUUGUGGAGGAGAUUAUUCAAGAACAGGUUGAGCUGGUGCAGACCGCAGGAGGAGGAGCACGAGGGACACUGCCUCUGACGUAUCUGAAGGUGUUAGCUUCCCAGGCCUGUCAUGGAGCUAUUAAGUUUAAUGAGCAUUUGACUUUGGAGGAAAGCUGCAAGCUUAUUGAAACUUUGUCAUCUUGCCAUCUGCCCUUCCAGUGUGCUCAUGGAAGACCUUCCAUGAUGCCUCUUGCAGACACAGACCAUCUACAGCAGGAAAAGCAGCCUAAACCUAACUUGGCAAGGCUGCGGAAGAUGGCGCGAGCAUGGCAGCUAUUUGGGAAAAACAGACCCUAA